AGAAAAUGGUUUUGCUCAACAGAGUUCUCUAGUGAAUUUAAUGGACGGUCUCCAUGGUAAUCAUGGUAGUGUUAAUUAUUUAUUUAUGCAAUAUUUGUACAAAUAAUUACUCAACAUUGUGACGAAGCUACUAAUAAUAAAUUAGUGGAUACAGCAAUGUUCUCGAAGAAAAAGAAGAAGCCGCAAAUCUCGCCUCCGACCAACUUCGAGCACAGGGUGCACACUGGCUUCGACAAACGGGAGGGCAAGUAUGUGGGCUUGCCCCUGCAGUGGGCCAGCAUAGUGGGCAACAACCAGAUACUCAAGAGCACCAAUCGGCCCCUGCCCCUUGUCGAUCCUUCUGAGAUUACACCUACCGAGAUACUUGACCUUAAGACAAUAGUCCGCGGCGACCAGAAACCCCUGCCGAAAGGCGGUUUUGUCCCGGGGGGCUCAACCCCAGGAGGGCCCCCCGGGGGUGCCGAUCCAGUGGGAGGCACCCCCAUGCACCCGCCCGGCCUGCCCAAGACGUCGCACGUGGCUCGCAGCAACUCGCUUCGCUCGCACAGUCCGCCGCGUCUGCGCAGAGGCGAUUUUAGGGCCGCCAAUGCUGCCAACAUUCCGCCCGCUGUGCCCGAGGACCAUGUGCUCAACCUGCCGCACUAUCCUAAUAACCGAAAUAGUUCGCCUUAUGUGAAACAAAGCCCCGAAUGGGGUGGGCCCAACCACGUGGAUGGAGGAGGAGUUGUACGUCGCUCCUCCCCGUCUUCCUCGUCGCAGGGGGGUGAGGAGUACCGGGGAGGACCAGCAGCCUACCACCAGAACCACCACCAGACCAAUGGCAACCCUCCUCAGAUGCAAGGAGGUAGCAUGGAAGUGCCUGCCGGGUACGCAGUGGGUGGAUAUCGGCCUCCUCACUCGCAACAGGUCUCCUCCUCAGGACAACUCACGCCUUCCUCACAGCCUCCUCACAACGCCAGGCCGCCUCAAGGUGCUCCUCACAAUCUCAACAAG